CGCGCUGGGGAGGGGACGGGGCAGCGAGGUGCGGGUGUGAGCAGCGAGUGCAGCUGGCCGCGGCUGCGUGUGUGUAUGUGGAGCAGCGGCUGGCGGGCUCGGGGAAGGCAGCGCGGGGAGCCCGGGCGCUCGGGGCCAGCGCGUAGCGGGCAGGGGGGCCCGAGGGACCCGUUCCAGUCCCUGAGGGAGGCUGCCCCGGGAGCGCCCGGCGGGCAACAUGCCGCUGCCUCUCUGCUCGCUCUCCAGCCGAGCACAUCAUUGUUCGCAUGUGUUAAAGUUGGUAAAGAAAGACUGUCUACUGCCAUUGUGUAUUGCAAGAUGGGCUUCUACUUCCUCUGUGCCUCGCAUCACUACACAUUAUACUAUUCAUUCUCGAAACAAAGACAAACGAUGGGAAGGGGUGAACAUGGAAAGAUUUGCAGAAGAAGCAGAUGUUGUCAUAGUUGGAGCAGGUCCUGCAGGUCUUUCUGCAGCUAUUCGACUCAAACAGUUGGCCAGUGAGCAUGGCAAAGAAAUUCGGGUUUGCCUGGUGGAAAAGGCUGCUCAGAUUGGUGCACAUACACUUUCUGGUGCUUGUCUUGAGCCACAUGCUUUGGAAGAACUCUUACCGGACUGGAAGGAGCGAGGGGCUCCACUUCAGACUCCUGUAACUGAAGACAGAUUUGGGAUUUUAACAAAGAAUUCCAGAAUUCCAGUGCCAAUUCUUCCAGGCCUUCCAAUGACUAAUCAUGGGAAUUAUAUUGUGCGCCUGGGGCACUUUGUGAAUUGGCUGGGUGAGCAAGCAGAAGCUUUGGGUGUUGAGGUGUAUCCAGGCUAUGCAGCAGCUGAGGUUCUUUUUCAUGAAGAUGGCAGUGUGAAAGGGAUUGCGACUAAUGAUGUAGGCAUUCAAAAGGAUGGAGCACCUAAAGCUACCUUUGAAAGAGGUUUGGAGCUACAUGCCAAAGUCACGUUCUUUGCAGAGGGUUGUCAUGGACAUCUUGCCAAACAGCUGUACAACAGAUACAAUCUAAGGGAGAAAUGUCAACCCCAAAGUUACGGUAUUGGACUGAAAGAGUUGUGGCUUAUUGAUGAAAAGAAAUGGAAACCUGGAAGAGUAGAACACACUGUUGGCUGGCCCUUGGACAGACACACAUAUGGAGGAUCAUUUCUUUAUCAUUUAAAUGAAGGUGAACCAUUGGUAGCUCUUGGGUUUGUGAUUGGCUUAGAUUACAAAAAUCCCUACUUAAGUCCAUUUAGAGAAUUCCAGAGAUGGAAGCAUCAUCCCAGUGUGGAGCCCACUUUAGAGGGUGGGAAAAGGAUUGCCUAUGGUGCUAGAGCCUUGAAUGAAGGUGGUUUCCAGUCUAUACCCAAACUCACUUUUCCUGGUGGAGUAUUAAUUGGUUGCAGUCCUGGUUUCAUGAAUGUUCCUAAAAUCAAAGGCACACACACAGCAAUGAAAAGUGGCAUCUUGGCUUCAGAAGCUGUUUUCAGCCACCUAACUAAUGAAAACCUCCAGUCAAAGACAAAAGGGCUUGAUGUGCCUGAAUACGAAGAAAAUUUGAAGAAAUCCUGGGUGUGGAAAGAACUCUAUUCAGUUAGGAAUAUUCGACCUUCCUGCCAUGGAGCACUGGGUAUCUAUGGAGGAAUGAUUUAUACUGGUAUAUUUUAUUGGAUAUUGAGAGGAAUGGAACCAUGGACAUUAAAACAUCCAGGGGCAGACUCUGAUCAGCUAAAGCCAGCCAAAGAUUGCACUCCUAUUGAAUACCCAAAGCCUGAUGGAAAAAUCAGUUUUGAUCUCCUGUCCUCCGUGGCUCUAAGUGGGACAAAUCAUGAACAUGACCAGCCUCCUCAUUUGACUCUGAAGGAUGACACUGUCCCAGUGAACAAAAAUUUAGCUAUAUAUGAUGGGCCAGAACAGAGAUUCUGUCCUGCAGGUGUUUAUGAAUUUGUUCCCCUGGAAACAGGAGAAGGGCUACGGCUGCAGAUAAAUGCUCAGAAUUGUGUUCACUGCAAAACAUGUGACAUUAAAGACCCAAGCCAGAAUAUUAACUGGGUAGUACCUGAAGGGGGAGGGGGACCAGCUUAUAAUGGAAUGUAAACUUGAACGAAACUAUUCAGUAUUUCCCUGACAUACGUAACCUCACUCACCUAUGUAAAUUUUACACAAAUCUAUGCUGUGAUCUAAGCCUAUUGCUAACAAUGUUAAUUGGGUGAGGUUACUGAGCUGGUGAAAUGUCAUACUGCUAUGUGGUAUGAAAUGUUAUGAACCACUAUUAUAAAUAGUGAAUGCAGUCAAAACUAGCCUGAAUUAUAAAAGAAUAUGCCUUUUUAUUGGUUCAAAGAUAGUGAUGCAGCAUCUCCAAAGAGCUGUUUUCUGUGACUUAAACUUGAUGUUGGAUCUAUCUUUUGCCAAAGUUCAGUGGAAACACCCUGAACCCUGGUUGUGAAAAAUACAGUGAAAUCUUGUAAUUUAUGUUGAUUUUGUUUUCUUCUUCCUAACGCUCUAUCACUGCACUCUUGGUUAAUUGCUGCUUCCAUUAAGAAAAGUCAGUCAAGUGAGGAAAUACUGUAACACUUUUUUCAAAGGUUACAUUAAGUGGACAGGCAAAUAUUUAAACUCCCUCUUGUUUCAAGGGAAGACAUUUUUAAUAAAGCUAAUUUGCCAUAAAA